AUGUACUGCCCUCGAGAUUCCACCUUUCUCUUGGUAUCAGGACUCUCACUGUCAAUCAUAUCUUGGAGUGAGACACGAGCCCCGCCGCCAAACACUGCUAAACAGAUACCAACCGUCAAAGCGGAGACGAUCUCCGGCAAGCCUCACCAAUUUCUCCACCUCGGACCACUCAUUCCUGGGCAAACGACAUCAUUAUGGACACCCGCCCGCUACAGAGUAAAGCAGGAGCUGGACCCUGACGCAGCGAUCAAGAGGAAUGUGCCUGGCGGCGAGGCAGAGGAGGAUGCCCGGUCAGCGGCUGCCCAUCUCCUCCAGCCUGCUCCGUACCAUCCCGAUAUAUCCAAGGAAAUCAACCUCCAAGUUGGUAGGUACCGUAACAUGGAGUGUUCGUCCGCCUGCACGCCCACCCUGUUCCUGGCUCUGCAUAUGUCAUGCUACCCUCUCUGGACGUCGCAGACGCCACUUCCCACAACCCAAUCAUCCCACGCUGGCGCCUAA